UCAUGUACAGAUACAGUUUAUUGAAGCCGUUAAUGCAGAAGAAGAAAAACAUACACAACAGAGAUGGCGUCACCCGGCGAGGCAUCGGUGGAGGAGACACACGUGGGUAAAAAGAAGCUGCCUGCUCGAUACUGGCAGGAGCUCCAGGAGGAGGAACGGAAGGAUGAAAACAAAGUUAAAAGCGACGGAGAACAGAGCAAAGAGGCUCUGCGGCAGGAGGAGGGCAAGACACAGAAGGCAAAGAAGCGAAAACAAGACCAAAGUCCAAGUGAUGGAGAGAAAGUCAAGCCAGAGAAGUCUGAUCCAUUCCCAGGCCCUGCUCCUAUUCCAGAAGACAGAUUGCAAAAAUUCAAGAGGAAAGAUAAACUUAAAAAGCCUCACCGUAAGCAGCACAAGCUGAGAGAUAUCAUAGCUCGCUCAGAAGACGCUUCAGAAAUGGCCCAGAAACAAGCAGCACGGUUUGACCUUCUCCUCCCGGAGGAGGCAGGGUUUUUAGAAGGAGAUGAAGAUGAGGACACGUGUAUGAUCUCACAGGAGGAUAUUGCGGAGGCUGUGGACAUAACAUCUGGAGCAAAGUAUUUUAAUCUGAAACUGUCUCAGUUUGGACCGUAUCGAUUGGAUUACAGCAAGACUGGACGUCACCUGCUGCUUGGUGGGAGGAGAGGCCAUGUUGCUUGUAUAGACUGGGCGUCGAAACAGCUGAUGUGUGAGAUAAAUGUGAUGGAGUCUGUCAAUGAUGUGAAGUGGCUUCAUACCGAGGCUAUGUAUGCAGUGGCUCAGAAGAAGUGGCUUUAUAUCUACGACUCUAACGGAAUAGAGCUUCACUGCAUCCGAAAAUUCAAUGACGUCCUUCGGAUGCAGUUCCUCCCCUAUCACUUUUUGCUCGCCACAGCGAGUGCUACCAGUUUCCUGCAGUAUUUGGAUGUGUCAGUGGGAAAGGAAGUGGCAGCUAUCUGCACCAAGACUGGCCGACUUGACGUGAUGUGUCAGAACCCUCAUAAUGCCAUCAUCCACCUAGGUCAUGCCAAUGGCACGGUCACCCUAUGGUCACCAAACCAGAAAGAAGCCUUGGUGAAGAUGCUCUGUCACCAAGGGGGCGUGCGCUCUGUCGCUGUGGAUAAGACGGGCACAUACAUGGUGACGUCUGGCAUGGAUAAGAAGCUGAAGGUGUAUGACGUUAGAACCUUCAAGCCCCUAAAGUCAUACUUCCUUCCUGCUGGAGCUGCCUGUUUGUCACUGAGCCAGAGGGGACUGCUAUCUGCAGCCACAGGGGAUGUUGUUCAGGUGUACAAGGACGUAUGUAGCAUGCCAGUGACUAAACCGUACAUGGCUCAUAGACUUCGGGGAACAGUGUGGGGGCUGCACUUCUGUCCCUUUGAGGAUGUCCUCGGAGUUGGGCACGGAGAUGGUUUCACCAGCAUGCUCGUACCAGGUGCUGGUGAGCCUAACUUUGAUGGUCUGGAUGCAAAUCCAUACCGAAGUGCGAAGCAGAGGCAGGAAUGGGAGGUUAAAGCACUGAUGGAGAAGAUUCAGCCAGAUCUUAUCAGCCUUGAUCCCACUGAGCUGGCACAAGUUGACCAGGCCACCUGGGAACAAAGGCAUCAAGACAGGGUUGAAGUUCUGGGAUUUGAUCCACUUGCUAAAGAAAAGUUUGUCCCCAAGUAUAAGAAAAAAGGUCGUAGUUCUGCAGGAGCCAUUGAGAGGCGCAAGAAACAAGUGGCUCAUGAGGAGCAGAGGGAUGUAAUCAGAAAAAGCGUGGAGGACAAAAUGAAGAUGGAAAAAGAAAGGAAGGAGCGAGAGCGGAAGAAGGCGGCGUUAUCUACCCAGAAAUCAGCUUUGGACAGAUUCAAGAAAUAGAAAAGAAACAUGCUUUGUGCAGCUGAAAGCCCAGUGGCAUUCUAUGGGAGUGACCUUUGAACUUUGCAUAAAGAACACGUUUUUUUUGGUUGUUUUUUUUUUUUGCACACAUAAUUCCACUGCAGGGAGCAAAACACCAACUGCUGAAACUCUGGGAAGAAGGGCUUGCAUUGUGACGGGCAACUAAUCAAUUUUGAGUGGAGCAGCGGAGGAAGCUAUAUUUGAUGUCUGCAUCCUGUUUGCAUGGGCAGAUGUGCUAGCUGGGAUUGAUUUCACCCAGAAGUUUUAACCUUGUCAGAUGGUGUUCUUUCCUCUGAACUUGCUGAGCAUAUGUCAACUGUGUUAUAAUUGGGUAUAACUAAAUUCUAAAAAUAAACAACAUAAUGCCAAGCCUUUGAAUUGAGACUAUUAUUUUGAAAUCACGGAACUGUUAUUACUGAAUCCAAACCAAGCUGGAAUAUAUUUACCAUGAUUACGUCUUUGGGUGGAGUAAAAUUCCUUUUAUCAAAUUAGAACAGCAGAAAUUUGAUCAUCUGAGGAACUUAAAGGUUUUGGUAUUUUAAAUAUUUUAUCAUAUUUUAAUUUGUAUGUGCGUGUGGCUGUUUUUCUAGGAUUCACAUUUUACGUGGUUUUUUUCUAUCGAUGCUUAUCCUAAUUUAAGUAUUUCAAACUAACUAAAUCAUAGCAGCAUGACAGACUGUCACAACUGUUUGCUACUUUGCUGUAUAUUUAUAGAGGAGGAACAGUUUUAUAGAAAUGUUCAAUCCUGCUCAAAACAAAACACAGACCUAUUUUUCAUUACUGAGUAGUUUAUUGGUACAUAUUUUUCCUGAGUACAGUGGAUCAGCGUUUCCCUUUAACACUGUGGGUGAGAAUAACAGCCUGAGGUUUUAUUGACAAAUGGCAGCCUCAUUGAAAAUGUAUGUGAUCCAAGCCUGACACAGUUGACCAUAAAACUCACAGCAUUGCAAAGCUGCCAGUCAGUGUGUAAUCUUGCCAUAAGAAAAGAAUCUUAUAAGUAAUAGUUGUCAGAUGCAUAAAUAUUCAGAUGUGCAUCAUAUUAAUUUUAUUUUCAGUUGUUUAAGAAAAUAAUUAUCAUGCAUUCGGUUUCAGCUAUUUAAUGUAAUGUGAAGCCUUCAUGAACCCCCAAAGAUCCCUGUAUCUAAUCGAGGUAAUCCCUUUGUAUUGUGUGUGAAUAUUGUGCCCUUGUGGCUGAAUAACAUCAUAAAUCCCUCCUUUAAAAAAAAUAAAAUAAUAAUACUCUA